AUGGAAGCCCAGCCUUUCAAUUCGCCACUUUCCAAGUUGGGAGCCGCCAGCUACCUCUUCGAACAAACCCUCGAAGAAGUGGUAUCAGCUGCAUGCGCUAGGUACGAGCGGACUCGGCAGUGGUACUCCAAGCAGCAGCAGCAGCAGCAGCAGCAGCAGGACGUGUACCGGUGCGGCAUUGGUGCAGCAGAGCUGCAGCAGCUGCUGCGGGUGGUUUACCACAAAAGCUGCAUGCAGCCAGGAGAAGCUGUUGGAGUUGUUGCUGCACAAUCUGUGGGGGAGCCCGCGACGCAAAUGACUCUAAACACUUUCCAUUUGGCGGGGCACGGCGCGGCGAACGUGACUAUGGGUAUUCCUCGGCUGCGGGAGCUGCUGCAGUUGGGGGCCAAAACGAAAACCCCUCAAAUAAUAAUUCCAAUUAAAGGCCUCAGCAGCAGCGGCAGCAGCAGCAGCAGCAGCAGCAGCAGCAGCAGCGAGGGCCGGAACGGCCAGGCAGCAGCAGCAGCAGCAGCAGCAGCAGCAGCAAACGCAGCCACUGCUCUCAGGGGCUUCAAAACCAUUCGCAUGAAAGACUUCGUCCACGCAGUCGGAGCCGAAGCCAGCGUCUGCUACCAGGGAUGCGCUGCGGACGGGUCUGCUGCUGCUGCUGCUGCUGCUGCUUCCGGGCUGCAGUGGCAGUACGAGGUGUCUAUACAGCUGGAGCCGCUGCAGCACUACUGCAGCGUCGCGCAGCAAUUCAGUCCUGACGAUUUGCUGCUGCUGGUUCUCAACAAAGUUAUCCGCCCGCUGCUCAAAAAAGCUAAGAAGCUGGCAGUGGCUGCUGUUUCUCAAUAUGAACUUUCCGACGCAGCAGAGCUGCAAAAUGACUAUCAGCAGAUGUACAGGUCUUUCAUUUUGAAGGAAAGGUUCAAGUCCCAGUGGGAUCGCCGGGGUUUUGUUAAGGACAUUUUGCGCUCCGGCCGAAUCGACUGCGAGACUUCGGGGGCCCCCGAGGGGCCCCUGGGGCCCCCCAGCAGCAGCAGCAGCAGCAGCAGCGCAGCAAGAGGGGAGAUGGAUGAGGAAAGGGAGGCCCUCAAAGAUGCAGCAGCAGCAGCAGCAGCAGCAGAUGAUGAAGACAAAGAAGAAAAACGCAAUGCAAAGAAAGGCAGAGACAGCGACGGGGAGGAACAAGAUGAAGAUGUCUCGGAGGACUCUGCAGAAAGUGAAGAAGAGGAAGGAGAGGAGGAGAGCGGCGAAGAAGACGAAGAGCAGCAGCAGCAGCAGCAGCAGCAGCAGCAGCAGCAGCAGGAGUCGGAGAGCGACAGCAGCUCGGAAGAAGAAGAAGCAAAUGUAAAACAAGAAAAAGGGGAAGCAGCAAAAGUAAAAAGAGAAAUUAAAGAAGAAGAAUUCGAAGCAAACAAACAACCUAUUAAAAAGAUCAAAAAAGAGCAGCAGCAGCAGCAGCAGCAGCAGCAGCAGCAGCCGCAGCAGCAGCAGUUGCUGGACCUGGCGGACGUGCUGAGGGGAAAGCGUUUCGACAGAACCCUAGGGUUGUUUGUCGACGCCAAACCCUCGAAGGCAAACCCCGAAACCCUAAACCCUAAACCCUUAAGUAGCGAAUAUCCCCCGCCUGCGCCUUUCGAGGCUGACGCCGUGUGGAGCUCUGGGGCUUCCUUUAAGAAGUUGGCCCAGCUGGACAUGGAAUCGGCGACAAUUCUGAAAGACAUAAAAGUGUGCCGGAAGACUUGGCGAAUUGUGGUCAAGUUUGGAUGGCCUUUUGACAAAUGCCCCUACCGACUUGAGCUGCUGCCAAUCGUCAAGGGUUUGGUUGAGAAGGUAACGCUGCAGGAGCCGCAGGGCGUUAGCAACCCUCGCAUUGUCCAGGGUUCUGGCUGCAGCACGGGGAGCCCCAUGGAGCUGCACUGCAGCGGCUCCAACCUGCAGUGGCUGCACCGUUUGAAGGAAACAGCAGUGGACCAUUCAAAGCUGGAGACGAACGACGUGCUGGCGAUGCUGCAGCACUACGGAAUAGAAGCUGCUAGGGCUUUAUAUUUAAAAGAGUUUUCGAGGGUUUUUGCUGCUUAUGGAAUUAAAGUCCACAGUUCUCAUUUGGGACUUAUUGCAGACUUCGUCACCAGAGACGGAGCCAUUAUUCCCUUCAACAGACUUGGGAUUCAACAUUGCGACUCUCCUUUUCUGCAAAUGGCCUUCGAAACUUCUUUUCGCUUUUUGACGGAAGCUUGCGAAAGAAGUGCUGUUGACAAUUUAAAAACUCCUUCUGCUGCUCUUAUUGUCGGCAGCCCCGCAGUCAUUGGCUCCCACCAGUCCCAGCUCUUGGCCGUGCUGCCAGACUUCUCCGACAGCUAG